AUGGUCGACCUCACGUCCCCUCCCGGCCCAGAGGACACCCUGGUCGAGCUCGCGCUCAAGGUCCUCCACGUCGCGGACCCCUGGGAGAAGGCCAACGUCUCAGACGCCGCUGUGAAGCUGUGGCGGUCGGGCGAGGUCCGCGCCAUCUACAGGGAGGGCGUGACGCACCCCGUCCCCGACAAGCCUGCCCGGAGCGACAAAGUCAGACUGCUGGCGCCCGGCGCGAUGCCGAGGCGCGGGAAGGGCGGGUCCCUCGAGAGCCGGCGGAGCAUCGUGCACUCUCUGUGCCACAUCGAGAGCUGGGCGGUCGAUCUGUCGUGGGACAUCAUUGCCCGGUUCGCACAGCCCGGCGCGAGCGCGGGCGCGGGGCCGGAGGGCUACGGGAUGCCCCGCGAGUUCUUCGACGACUUCGUGACCGUCGCGGACGACGAGUGCAGGCACUUCCGGCUCCUCGCCGCCCGUCUCGAGGCCAUGGGCUCCCACUACGGCGCCAUGCCCGCGCACGACGGCCUGUGGGAGUCCGCGGAGCGAACGGCGGGGUCCCUCCCGGCGCGGCUCGCCGUCGAGCACUGCGCGCACGAGGCCCGCGGCCUCGACGUGCUCCCGCAGACCAUCGCGCGCAUGCGUCGCGGCGGCGACGAGGACACCGCGGCGCUGCUCGAGGGCACGGUGUACCCCGAAGAGAUCACGCACUGCGCGGCGGGGGUGCGGUGGCUCAAGCACCUGCACGCGCGGGCGGGCGAGGCGGACGGCGCGUGGGCGCUCGAGGCGCGAAAACACGAAAACGUCGCCGGUUUCUUCCACGCGUUGAUGACCGGGAAUUUCGGGAGCCUCAAGCCGCCAUUCAACCACGCGGCGCGGGCCGAGGCGGGGUUCGAUCCGACGUGGUACCUGCCGCUCGCGCGCGCGCAGGGGAGCGCGGCGGCGGCACCGGAGGCGGGCGCGAGUGUUGCGGGGGCGCCGCAGGGCGGGGAGGCGCAGGCGGCGGGAGUGUGA